CCAAACCCUAUCCUCCUUCUCCUUCUCCUUUGUCGACCUCGACCCCUCCCUUCCCUUCCCUCACCACCAGCAACCACCUCGACCCCUCCCUUCCCUUCCCUCACCACCAGCAACCGACCCAUAUACAGGAACCACUUCUCCAUGAAUCUUCUUCUUCUCCUUAAAUUUUCGAAUCCCUAAAUCUUCUUCUUCUCCUAUCAACCUUCUAUUCCACCCUCACCUCCACAGACACCACCGCCAGCACCAUUGGCGUAGUCAGAUAUAUAAUUUAGUAGGGUCCAAACAUAACCAAUUACGAAGUUUGUCUCAAUAGUAAAAUUAUUGUCUCGAGAAGAGGCGGUCCGUAGUUCUAAAUUUACAAACCCCACUUUAAAAAUCCACGAUUUUUAAUGUAUAUUCAUAUUUCAAGUGGGGUCCAUGGACCCCACAACCCCUCACCUACCUCCGCCAAUGGCCAGCACCAGCCGCCGCCCUCCCCUGCCUCCUCCGCUCCCCCUCCUUCCACCGCCACAACAACUUCCUCCACGGCUCCGCCUCCAACCGCCGCGACCUGCAUGCAACAGCCUCCACUCGCCGCACUGCGCCGCGCCGCCUGCCGCCUGCCGCCUCCAACCGCCGCCGCGCGAACGCCGUCUCCCUCCGCCUCUGUCCGCCGGCUUUGCGAGGUCGCUCCUCCCUCUCCCGUCGGCGGCAAGCCCUCCUUCUCGGCUGCUUCUUGAAUCUUGAGACUUGAGUGGAAAAGAAAGGAGAGAGAAGGAUGGAGGAGAGAGACGGAGCAGAUAAUGAAUGUGGUGGUGGUGGAGGGUUCGAAAGGAAAGAUAAGGAAUAAGUGGUUCCUGUAUUUUCUGAUUUUUUUAAUUUUUUUUUAGAUUAGGGUGUGGUUUUCGGGCAUGAGGUUAACCGAAUCAAAACCGGCUAACCGACCGGUCGGUGGUCGGCUAUCCGCUGUAUCUUUCACGGUCAGUGGUCGGUAGCCGGAGGUGGUCGCUCGGUUUAACCGAUAACCGAAAAAUUGGUUUUCGGAUAAACCGAAACCGACUAA